CUUCACUCAAAUUUGUAGAAGGAACAAUUAUGUAUGAACACCGGUAAGAGCAAUAACUCUCGCGUUAAUUACAUUAAAAUUGCAAACUGAUGUCGAAAUGGUUACUACUGUAAACGAAGAUCUGUUAAAGAAACGUAAAACUUAUAUAACUGACUUAGAUGAAUAUUUAAAGGGAUGUGAAGAUGAUUUGGGUAAACUUUUUGAAAGGGUGCAAUGGACGCCUCAGCAUUUUUUUGAACAAGACUCAGAAAAAGUUCCGUGUUCAUACAAUGUUAACCACAGACUGCCAAGAAAUUCGCUGGAGAAACAUGAACAAUGCUGUAAGUGGUUACAACUUGGAUAUACAUCUGAUGAACUUGCUAAUGUUCCUGGAUCUUCAAGUUUCUUUUACGAGAAAACUAAUAUUAUGACAAUUAAACUAGAAAAAAGUAACUUACAAUCAAUACUGAAGGAGUUUCAUCGAAAUAAUGGCACGAUGUCGGUAAAUUAUGAAAGGGAAGUACCACAGACACUUGAAAUUCAACAGAGAGAUUACAGUGUAGAUGAGAGACGAGCAAUAUAUGACUAUGUGGUUCGAGUCGCUAAAGAAUUUCAGCGCAUGCAGUCCUUACCAGAAGAUACUCUUCUUACUACAGACUUCGAAACUCUCAUCAAGAAGGCUGCCAAAGGUAGAGAGCUUAAUGAACCUUCCUCCGAAACAGAGAAAUGGGCUGCGAUGCGCGACUAUAAACGCCGAAGGCAAUCGUACCGUGCUAAAAAUGUCCACAUUACGAAAAAAACUUAUACAGAGAUCAUACGAGAAGUUAUUCAUAAUCAGGUAGAAUUGCUACAGACGUUGUUGAAAGAUUCGUCUGAAGUCGAAUCUGCUGAAGUCCAGUCAUCAAAGAGAAGCGAUAGACGUUCUCAUUCCAGUAGUAGGCGGGAAGACGAUCGUGAUCGGUCAAGAAAAUCUAAAUCGGACAACAAAAAAAGUAGUCACGAAAAACACGAAGCAAGGCAUAGAGACGGCGAAAAGAGUUCAAGAGGAAGUUCUGAUUAUAAACACAGGGAUAAAAAUACAUCUGAUAUAAGAAAAGAAUCAAGGAAAAGUGAUAAAAUUGACUCUGAAAUCAGCUCUGCAUCAAAGAAUGUAUCUUUGACAGAAAGUAAGUCUUCAAUAAAAGUUAUGCAAGAAGCGAGAGAAGACACGAGUCGUGGAUGCGAACAAACUAGAGAAACUACCGUAAUCAGUGAUUAUGUGUUACCCGAAAGUAGAUAUAGCUUAAAAAGACCACUCAGUGCAGAUGAUGAUACAGAAGACACUGAAGAUGCUGGCCUUAAACACAAACAGAAACACAAAAAAUCAAAAAAACACAAGAAACAUAAACACAGAUCUGAAAAGCAUGAUAAAUAAUUUGUGUUAUUUUCUGAUUAAGCAACUAUAAAUUUUACCUUUCUUAAGGAGGUCUUUGAGUUGUACAAAUUUUUAACAAAAGUAAACAUAGUAAGAAUAUAUUCUUUAAACGAUCACUCUAAAUGCCAGACUUUAGUUUGUUUUUUUAAUGUUGACUAUCUAUAGUUUAAUCUUGUGGGCAUUCCUUCGAUAGAGCUCGACAAGGUCGAGACAUAUCACUUCGAGUAUUUCCGUGGUUUGUGGAGUAUAGAUAUAACGAAAUUAUGCCAGCAACGUCUCGUUUUAAACUUGAAGAAAAAAAGCCUUCCAUAUUUGUUCUUACCUGUUUCAUAUGUGUAUGUAAAAUCUGCAAAUUUCCGAGCAGAAAACAGAAUCGAACUGUCAUUUGCUUCCACGGAAAUACCCGAAGCGAAGUGGUUUGAUUUUGUCGAGUUAUAUCGAAAGAAUGCCAUCUUGUGAAUGAGUUUCCUAGGAGAAUUUUAUGCAUGAGUAGUUGUUUUAAAAAGCUUUGUUUUUGUAUUAUAAUAUUCAAAAGGCUUUUUGCUUUCAUUAUUUGUUCUACUUAGGCAUGGGAACAUAUACUGAAAUUAUUAAUUACAGACGUAGCUGUAUGGAGAAAAAGUUUCCUUCCCAAUCUCAUGGUUCUGGAUUCAAUCCCACUGCAUGGCAUCUUGGGCAAGGGUCAUCUACUUUAGCCCCUGGACAACAAAAGCCUUGUAAGUGGAUUUGAUAGAUGGAACCUGAAAGAAGCUCAUGUGUAUGUGUGUAUAUAUAUAUAUAUGUAAAUGUUACACAUUGGAAUGAGUGCUCAACACCGCAUUAGUGGAUAAAUAAUUUCUUUAUUUGUGAAUUAAGGCUACCAUUGGUUUCAUGUUAAGAAGAGUAGGAAAAUAUCCAAGUAUCUUAAUAUUUCAAGCUGAUCACAUGGAGAAAGGUGUUCACCUCCAUUUUGGAAAACAAUAUAUAUAUAUAUACAUCAUGUUUGUCCCCAACCACUAUUUCACUGCUGGUAUUGGUUUCUUUAUGUUCCUAUAAUUUAAUGGUUCAGCAACAUUACUGAUAGAAUAAGAGCCAGGCGAAAAAAAAGAAUACUGGGAUUGGUUUGUUCAACUGAACCCUUCAAGAUGGUGUCAUAACAUGGUCAAAGUCCAAUGACUGAAACAAAGAUAUUUAGCCCUGCAGAUAAAAUUCUUCAUAUUUGAAAUAUUAAUUCUUGUCACUAUCUUGGUGAGAUUUCUACGUAUGAAGUCUGUGGCCAACAUUAAUUAUUUUCUUCCUUAAAACAUGUUUCAUGGUAGUGAUCAUAUACUGAAAACCUUAGCUAUUAAAUUAUAAUUUUUUGACAUGUUUGUCCUGAUAUCAGCAAGAAAAGCAGAUUCUAUCACUUACCUGGAAGACGAUCUUUGUAAAAAUGUUUACUCUUGUUACCUCCAUCAACCUCACUUUAUAUAAAGCUAUGUUUUUUGAUAGU